UCAGAUCUCCGUCUUCAUUUCUCCACUCCACCAACCACCAAAUCCCCCAAAUCCAAUCUGAAGGAAUAAUAAGAAAUAUUUGAAAUCCAUGAGGAUUCAAGAAGAAAUCCAUCAUCAUAGAGGAGGAGGAGGAGGAGGAGGUACAACACCACUAAUGGCACCACAAACACCACCAACCCCACAACAACAACCACCGCAACACCAACAUCAACCAAGAAGAAAAGGAGCUGGAGCUGGAACCAGAUCAUGGUUAGUAGUAUCGAACUCAGGGAAAUCACAAGUAGAAGAAAUAGGGAAACAUCCAAUUAUGAGAAGAACUGGUUUACCAGCGCGUGAUUUAAGAUUACUUGAUCCAGUUCUUUCACAUCCAUCAACAAUACUUGGUAGAGAAAGAUCUAUUGUUGUUAAUUUAGAACAGAUUAAAGCCAUCAUUACUGCUACAGAAGUAUUUGUAUUGAAUUUUAGAGAUCCUGUGCUUUACCCUUUUGUUCAUGAUCUUGAACAAAAGGUUUCUCCUGUUGUUAAUGAAGAGGAAUUACGAAAUGAUAAUGAGUUACGGCAGUUUAAAGAAUCAUUUCGUAAUUCAGGUGAUGAUGAUGAGAUUGUUGCCAAGGGUUUGUCAGAUGUGCGGAAGGCGGGUGGGCCUGUGGUUUUGCCUUUUGAAUUCAAAGUGCUUGAAGUUUGUCUUGAAUUUGCUUGUAAGAGUCUUGAAACCGAGACAUCCACACUGGAACAAGAAGCAUAUCCAGCCGUAGAUGAGUUGACAUCUAAAAUCAGUACGCUCAACCUCCAACGUGCUAGACAAAUAAAGAGUCGCCUAGUUGCAUUGCUUGGACGUGUUCAAAAGGUGAGAGAUGAACUUGAAAACUUGCUGGAUGAUGAUAUGGAUAUGGCUGAGAUGUAUUUGACAGAUAAGCUUGUUCAUUUGGGGUCCGAAGAAGCUGCUUCACAGGAUGAUGAUGAAAUAAACAAUGAUGAACGUGAGUCUGACAAUGAAAGUGAUUAUGAUGUCCGUUCGCAAAGCAACAAGAGCAGUAGGCUAACUAGUUAUCUUAAGCCAAACGUUGAAGAGUUGGAGAUGCUCUUAGAAGCCUACUUUGCCCAGAUAGAAGGAACAUUAAACAAACUGUUAACUAUGAGGGAAUACAUUGAUGACACAGAGGAUUACAUCAAUAUAAUGCUGGAUGACAAACAGAAUCAGCUUCUACAGAUGGGAGUUUUGCUUAGUACAGCGAAUUUAUUACUGAAUGCGGGAAUUGUAGUUGUAGGACUCUUUGGCAUGAAUAUUCAUAUCGAACUUUUUGAUUAUCUCACUGGAGAAAACGAAAAUAAUUACUCUUCUACAAAGUUUCUGCAAACUGUGAGUGGUACUUUUGCUAGUUGCAUUGUAAUGUACAUCAUUGCCAUCUUCUGCGGCAAGGAAAGAGGACUUCUGGGAUAAACAGAUGGAUUCAAUUUAAGCAGUUCCGGAUUAUCUACAAGAUGUGAGGUGUCUGGUGGAGUUUCAAACGUGACAGUGGAAAAUGUUGUUGUGUGGGAUCCAAGACUAGCCAUGAGGAUCAAGACCACUGCAGGAAGAGGUGAAUGCAUUCAAAAUACCACCUACUGAAACAUCACAUUCGACGACGUGCAGGUAGGAUUUGUGGUCAAGACUGAUUACAAUCAGCAUCCUGAUGCAGGGUACCAUCCCAAAGCCUAUUCAAUCCUUAGUAACAUAAAUUUCAUCAUAUACAGUUCAUGGUCAGGGACUCGGGGAGCAUGUGUGCCAGUCCGACUUCAUGGAAGAGGUCAAGGGUCUCUCUCCAUUAUACUUGCAAGCUUAUUAGGGAACCCCAAAAUGUUAUCUUCUUUGAAUCAAUCAAUUGAUUUUGCAGAUGUUGACUGAUUUUUUUAGUGUUAGUAUUUGUUUAAUCUUUCAAAUUACAUUAAGUUGAUCA